AUGUCCAACGUCCACCCCAUCAACCCCUCUCGACUGUGUAGUAUUCGAAUUGACAAGACCCUGACUCUGCACAUCCAACUGUCCAGUGGGCCAAGUGUGCACGGAGCCGAAUUCGGCCACCUGCCCGACAACAUUACAGUGCUGGAAGGAGAGAGCAUCAUUCUGAGGUGUAAAAUCGACGAGGAGGUGACCCACAAGGCGUGGUUGAACCGCUCAAACAUCCUGUUUGCAGGGACAGACAAGUGGUCGCUGGACAGACGGGUGUCGCUGGUCAACAGUAACACUAGUGACUUCUCCAUCCAGAUAGAGAGAGUGGAGGUGGCUGACGAGGGGCUGUACACCUGCAGCUUCCAGGCCAGCAACAAGCCCCGCAUAGCCCAUGUCUUCCUCAUCGUCCAAGUGCCAGCCAGAAUCGUCAACAUCUCCCAAGAUGUGUCAGUGAACGAGGGGGGCAACGUAUACCUCUUCUGUCUGGCGGUGGGACGACCUGAACCCACUGUCACCUGGAAGGAGAACAAAUAUGGUCUAAUGAGUGAGGGGGAGUUCCUGGACAUAACAGAGAUCAAGCGGCAUCAGGCGGAGGAGUUUGAGUGCAUCACCAACAACGGAGUGACGCAGCCCGACAUACGCAAAGUCAAGGUCACCGUCAACUACCCUCCCAUGAUCACAGACGUGAAGAACAUGCCAGCCCAGCUGGGCAAAACGGCCAUUUUGCGCUGUGAGGCCAUGGCAGUACCCACGGCCUCCUUUGAGUGGUACAGAGACGACCGCAGGCCGGUAGAGAGCGAUAAUACUCUGAGGAUCAAGAACGAGAAGACGCGCUCACUGCUUCUCUUCACCAACGUGACGGACAAACACUUUGGCAACUACACCUGUUUUGCCUCCAACAGGCUGGGAGCCUCCAACGCCAGCAUGCUGCUCUUCCGGCCGGGAGCCGUGUACGGGCGAGGCGUGGCCGUCAACGUGGGGGUGAGUGCGGGCGUCGGCUUCUGGCUUUGCCUCUCUGUCUCUCUCCUGAUGAAGGUCUAA